AUGUCUUCCACUCCUUCCCAAGCGGCCUCGGCGCCAUCCGAACCAGCCUCAUCUGUACCAGCCAACGCUGAUACCCCUGCCAACGCACCCAUUGCGGUUGAUAAUUUUGGCGACGACACCAACAGUGAAUUCGACAAUGAGCUGUCCGAUCUCACAUCCCUGUCCUCGAGCGUGAUGGAGUUUGAAUAUGAAAAUGGUCGGCGGUAUUGCAGUAACAGCUCAGGAAAUUAUAUGAUGCCGAAUGAUGAGGAGGAGCAGGAUCGGAUGGAUAUAACACACCACAUAUGGCUGAUGCUGCUAGGAGGAGAGCUCUACAAUGCCCCGAUUCAAUCAUCACCACAGAACAUUCUUGACCUGGGAACCGGAACAGGCAUUUGGGCUUUGGACAUUGCCGAGAAAUUCCCUAACGCCCACGUCAUUGGAAAUGAUAUUAGCCCCAUUCAACCCAGUUGGGUGGCCCCAAAUAUCGAGUUCAUCAUGGAGGAUUUCGAAAGCGAAUGGCUGUAUCCAGAAAACCACUUUGACUUUAUCCAUGCACGAUGCCUAGCAGGAUGCGUGGCCGACUGGCCCGGGUUCAUCGGGCGGAUCUUCGAACACGUCAAACCCGGCGGCUACUUUGAAUCGCACGAGAGUGCAGUGUGGGCCCGUAGCGACGACGGCUCCAUCAAACCAGAUUCCGCGCUGAUGGAAUGGCAGCAGGCCGUCAACCUCGCUGGUGACCUGAGCGGCCGCGACUUGAACAUUUACCAUAAGCUGAAGGACUGGAUGAUUGAAGCCGGCUUUGAGGAUGUCAGCUUGUCGGUCUACACGCUACCAUUCUCGCCCUGGCCGCGCGAUCCCCAUCUUAAAGCACUGGGGAAGUACCAGGCAGUGCAGCUACAGCAAGCUAUCGAUUCUUAUUCGCUGCGCUUGUAUACGCAGGUCCUCGGCUGGAGUGCGGAUGUGGCUAAGAUUCAUAAUGCUGUCGUGAAGCGGGAGCUACGGGAUAAGAAGUUGCAUGCUUAUGUUCAAACGUACAGUUUAAUCCCCCCCCCCCUCGCCCCCAAUUCGACGGCUCAUACUAACUUCGAGCAGAGUCGCUGUCCAUGGGAGAAAGCCUCUUCGUUCCUUCUGAUAUUUGUUUUGUGGAAUAACCUAUUCACGGGUGAUCAAUGA